ACCUCCCCCCCUCUCUCUCUCUCUCUCUCUCCCACUACGCGCUUGAUAGCAAUCUUUCUCCGUUCUUCUUCUUUCCUCCUUUUUCCGACCAGAGACAGAGAUGGAGAGAAUGUGGAAGAAAGAAUGGUAGCUCAUAGUUGAGGUUCGAGUUACACCUUUUUUCCCGCUAAUUUUUUUCUAGCAAUUCUCCUUCCGCCGUUGAAGACAGUUCAAAGCCGGGAGUUUCUGCGAAAUCCUUUUUUCUUAUUUGUUUCAAAGGUGUGGAGACGGAACCUUGGAGAGAUUUCUCACAGUUCGAAUCGGGCUUCGCAUUCAAGAAUUUGAGAGAAUAGCUUGCUUCAAUAAAGGGUUUCAAAAUCUGUUGUGGAGCAAUUAACGUUUUCUGCUGUGGAAUUUGAUCAUGGGAAACAAUGAAGCUGCAACACCUCCCAAGUCAGAGAAAAAUUCUUCACCUGCACAAGAGCAAACCAAUAUUCAUCCGUAUCCUGAUUGGGCAGCUAUGCAGGCGUAUUAUGGUCCUGGUGUCACCUUACCACCACCAUAUUUUAACCCUGCUGUCACAUCUGGUCAUGCUCCCCAUCCAUAUAUGUGGGGUCCGCCUCAGCCUCUAAUGCCACCUUACGGUGCACCUUAUGCGGCAAUAUACCCACAUGGAGGUGUUUAUGCUCAUCCUUCAAUUACUUAUGGGUCACAUCCACAUGGUCCUGGGUUUCCACCAUCACCUGUUGUGAGUGAAGUCAUGGUUGCAACCCCUGUAAGUGUAGAACCACCUGCCAAAUCAUCAGGUAGCAAAGAUCGUGACUUGAUGAAGAAAUUGAGAGGACUAGGCAAUGGUAAUGCUGAAGGUGCUGCGGAAGGCGCAACUAGUGGGUUGUCACCAAGUGCAGAAUGCGGUACAGAUGGUUCAAGUGAUGGGAGUGAUGGGAAUACUUCAGGGGGGGACAAAACUGAGAGGAAAAGAAGCUCUGAUUCGAUUCUAUCUGCAGGCUCAGAUGGGAAGGUUGAAACACCAGCAAUUUCCAUGCCAAGUGCACAGGUAAAUGCAGCUUCCAGUGGAGGUGCUAUCAGUGUUGCAGGAAAAACAGUUGGAAUUGCACCUUCACCUGGCAUGACCCCGAUAUUUGAUUUCAGGGGUCUCCGUAAUGGGAAAGCAAACACCAACACAGUAAUUGCUCCUCCUGAACUCUGGGUGCAGGAUGAGCGGGAGCUAAAACGGCAGAGGAGGAAGCAGUCUAACAGAGAGUCUGCUAGAAGGUCAAGGUUGAGGAAGCAGGCCGAGACUGAUGAACUCGUGAUGAAAGUUGAAUCCCUGACUGCUGAGAAUAUAGCUCUUAAAUCUGAAAUAAGUCGAUUAACACAGAGUUCGGAGAAAAUGAGGCUUGAAAAUGCUGCCUUAAUGGAGAAACUGAAAGAUGCAGAACUAGGACAGACGACGGAAGUGGUGGCCAAUGAUACUGAAGCCCGCGAGGAUCCACCAGUUAGUACAGAGAAUUUCUUAUCCAGGGUAAACAACCCAGCAUCUGUUAGUAUAGAUGAUCGGAGGGAUACUGAGAUCCACAAGAACUCUAACUCAGGUGCUAAGCUCCGUCAGCUCCUAGAAUCCAACACUAGGACUGAUGCAGUCGCUGCUGGGUGAUGGAAUGAAUUUGGGCCGGUCUCAAGGUCCAAGUUUCCUAUUACUUCUCAUUGGAUCAUGUAAUUUUGGCAAAAUUUAUAAAACCCAAAAUUACUCCUAACAGUAACUACUGAGGUAGGAUAAGAUAGGAAGGAUGCAGAAAAGCGGUGGUCUUGAGGAGCAAUCUCUUGUUAGCGAUGGGGAGCCCUCAAAUUUUCACUUUUGUAAGUUUUAGACUCUGCAGCAUUAACUAAUUUGUGGUCACAUGUUGGGGAUAUAAAUUAAAACUGAUGUACAUCGAAGAGGUUUUAUUAUAAGCUCUAAUGCCGUAGUAUUUUAUGUAAAUGUCUCCCCUUGGCUCUUCCUAAAUCCAGAUGUAAUAGAGCGGGUUUGGUAUGAAAUGACAAUUAAGGCUUGUAUGGUUUUACA